UCUGGGACUAUUCUCAUCUCUUCAACUUAGCGCCAACAAUCGUAGCGCUACAUGCUCCGUUCAACAUUCGCAGGAAGAAAUCCGUUGUUCAGAUUCUGUAGACAAUACAGUAGAACAGCCAGAAUGUCGCUCAAGGCCAUCUCUGCGCAGGAUGCUGCAUCCUUGGAUAAGGACCUCAUGGAAAUCGGAGGUUGGUCGCUUGACCAACUAAUGGAACUUGCAGGACUUUCAGUCUCACAAGCCGUCUAUCGCAUGCACCCACCGAGCUCUGGGAAGAAUAUCCUUGUUGUUUGCGGUCCUGGCAACAAUGGAGGUGAUGGCUUAGUUGCAGCUCGCCAUCUUUCCCAGUAUGGAUACAACCCAUCCGUCUACUACCCCAAGCAAGGAAAGAAUGAGCUCUACGAGCGCCUCAAAAUUCAACUUAAGAACCUCGACGUUCCCUUUGUGCCUGACUUCACCGACGCUCUGAAGUCCACCCACUUCAUCGUGGACGCCAUAUUUGGCUUUUCGUUCGGUGGUCCUCUGCGUGAUCCAUUCCCCUCUAUCAUCUCACAGAUGGAAUCUGCGUCCGUGCCAAUUCUCAGUGUUGACGCUCCCAGCUCCUGGGAUAUCUCCGGCGGUCCACCCAAGGAAGGCCCAGGAUCGAAGUUUAUGCCGCAGGCGCUGAUCAGCCUGACAGCUCCUAAGCCCUGCGUCAAAUACUACAAAGGCAGACACUUUGUUGGCGGAAGGUUCUUGACCAAGUCAAUCGUCGAGAAGUAUAAACUCGACUUCCCGGACUAUCAGGGAAUCGACCAGAUCGUGGAAGUCGGCGUUGAUGCAGAAGGGCGGCUUUAAUAUAAUACGAAAGACUUAUAUCCUGUGUAUAUUAAUACAUGAAAUGGCAAAGAACCUCUGCUCAACUACGAGCAUUUAUGUCCACUCCAGUGGU